AUGCGGCGGAAAGUGAUAUUCUCAUCUAUUGCUCUGUGUCUGCUUUGCACUGUAUCAACAGCACCAUUGACGGAUUCAGAGGAUGAUCUAAUUACAGCGAAUGAGCCGAAUAUCGAAAAUGUCGAAUUCAACCAUCCACAUAUCCUUCCAGCACAUCCAGAUAACUUCAGACAAGAUAAAUUAGAAGCAAGAAAACGCCAAUCUUUGUACGUUACAAAAACCCGUCUUCCACCCAAUCUAUUUGCCAUUGACUAUACUCUUUGGUUCAAACCGUAUUUCCCCUGCCCCAAUGUUCAAUACGAGCCAGAAAAAAAUUUUACGUUUGAUGGAAGAUCGAGUAUGCAAGUGGAGGCACUGGUCGACUCUGAUAGAUUCGUAAUCAAUUCUUACAAUUUCAAAAUUAAAAGUUAUAAAGCGGUGGCGAUUGAUGGAACUGUUGUUCCAAUAAACUCAAUUUGUAAGCGAAAGAUAAGAAAUUUGGUUCAAGAGUCACACAGUCAUUUAUUUACAGCACAAGAUGACACAACACAACAACUUUCGUUGAUUACAAAUGCCGGAGGUGUGGUAGCCGGUCAAAUUUAUAACAUCGAAAUUGUUUAUACUGGAAUCAUCAAUCCGUAUACAGAUGGUGGAGUUUACUACUCUUCCUUCAAUGACCCACAAGGAGUUCAACAUUACAUGAUUGCCACCCACAUGGAGCCGUUCUCGGCCAGAAAAGUGUUCCCAUGUCUUGACGAACCAUCAUACAAAGCUACUUUCCAAAUCACUCUUCAAUACCCAAGUGUUCAUGUUGCUCUAUCGAAUAUGGAGGAGGCUCCGGCAACAGAUAUGGGAAAUGGCUGGAGUGAAAUCGCAUUCCCGCCCACUCCAAAAAUGUCCUCGUACCUGACAGCGUUUGCAGUUGGAUCGUAUGUGAACUCGAAAUAUGUCAAUCAACAUGGAACUUUGACAAGAGCAUGGGGAUGGCCAGGAACCGAGCAAUAUCUCCAAUUUGCUGCCACAAAUGCUGGUGACUGUCUUUAUCAACUCGGAGAAUAUACUGGAAUCAAGUUCCCACUUUCUAAAGCCGGUGAGUGUUUUCAAGGGCCACAUUCAGUUACGAUUUGGCGUUUAGAUCAACUUGGAAUGCCGGAAUUCUUAGCUGGUGCAAUGGAAAAUUGGGGAUUGAUCAUCUACAAGUACCAAUAUAUUGCCUACAACCCUACUACAAUGACCACGAGAGAUAUGCAAGCAGCCGCCAAAGUAAUGUGUCACGAACUUGCACAUCAAUGGUUCGGAGAUCUUGUGACCACUGCCUGGUGGGAUGAUUUGUUCUUGAACGAGGGAUUCGCUGAUUAUUUCAUGACAUUCAUUCAGAAAUAUGUGUAUCCAGAACAACAAAAUUAUUUGGAUACCAUUCAAGUGCUCAAUGAGCUUCAAGUUGGACUGAAUGCCGACGUUCGUUCAGAUGCUCAUCCUCUCGUUUAUCCAGAUGGACCUGCUUUCGAUGAUAUCACUUACAACAAGGGAGCAUCUAUGCUCAGAAUGCUCUCCGAUGUUCUUGGACCAGUUUAUUUCAAGGAAGGAAUCAGAGAUUAUCUCAACAAAAUGAAAUAUUCGAAUGCCAGAAAUAUUGAUCUCAUGUCUACUUUGACUGAUGUGAGUUUUUUCAAGUAUUCAAUCUUUACACAAUUCAUCAUUCAGACUGCGAAAGCCAACGACAUCAAGGAUUGGUGUGGAAAUCUUCUCAAUGUCACCGAUUUCAUGGCCCCAUAUCUUCAUCAAACCAAUCAUCCAUUGAUCAGAUACAAUAAUAAUCAAAAAGUUGCUGGAAUAGCUUCAUUCACCCAGGAACCAUUUGCCAGUUUGGACAAUUUGAAUGCAACUCAAUGGAACUAUAAAUGGGAUGUGCCACUCCGAACAUCAACUUUGGUUUAUCCGGAGCCUCAUUUGUUGUGGAUUCCCAGACAACAAGGAUGUCCAAAUACUCCAGAAGUUGAGAAGGUAGAAGAACCAAAGAAGAGAGCAACUCAAUGGGAUUUUACAACAAUUGGAUCUGCUACUUACGGAAGAGUUAUUUAUGAUGAUAUUGGUUUUGAUAGAGUCCUCAAGACUAUCAAACAGGAUGGAAUCAACGACAAUAUUGCUCUGCAACUGAUGGCCGAUGAAUAUUAUUACAUGCUCCGUGAAAAAAAUGCUGGCCGUCCAUACGGCUACGAUCGCUUCUUGAACUUGGCGAUGGCAUACUUCAACACUGCCAAUUUCAUCGAAUUCCCAAGUUAUUCAGCCUUUGCCCAAGCUCAAAUAGUUUUGGAACAAGUUGCUCAGAUGUAUAGAGACACUAUCGAUGCUGAACUGAUCUCGGUAAACAAUUUCAAAUAUUUUCCAUCAAAUGAUUUUUUUAGAGAAUGUACAAGAAGAUUUUCCAAAAUGUGUACAACACUCUUCCAUGGACCGAUACAACUAUUUGGGAUUCAGAGUAUGUAUUUUAACAUUAGAAAAAAACUGAAAAAAAAACAAAAAAUGGGAUUCAGCACAUUCUCGGAAGUCUUCCUCCCAUUCGCCGUUCGUUAUGGAAUUGGAGACGUCGAAAAACGCACAAUGACAAUGUUCGCGAACGUAAAAUCUGCCUGUUCGAACAGUUUGAAUGGAACUGCCUGGUGUAAUCCAUACCCCACAAAUGUUCGAAAAGCAAUUUACUGUGGUGCUGCUAAAUAUGCUCCAGCAACUUCUGAUUUCUUCUUCCAAAUGUUACAUGCUUACAACAAAGAAGUCAUUACAAAUCCAUACUUUUAUCAAGAAUACAUGUCACUUUUGGAAGGAAUGAGUUGUACUCAAAUGCCAGCCACUUUGAAAACCUUAAUCCGUCUCUUCUCAACAUCCACUUUGAAUUCAAACACUAUCUUUGGAUUUUUGAAGUACAACCCAGUAGCUGGAGAUGCUUUGUAUAACUAUUUGUCGGCGAACCCACAGCUUGUGAGCUCUCCAAUCCUGAAUGCUUAUUUGGAUUCAAUGACCUACAACUGGAACAGUUACGAAAGAGAUGCUCAAUUCGCCACGUUGAUGAACUCCAUGGACUUGACGGAUGCUCAAUUCCAGACUUUCAGUAAUUACCUGGACAGAAUCAAUCAAGCGUGGGGAUAUCGUUCAACUUACGGUCUCAAGGUGCUCAAUUGGCUCUACGAUAACGUUGUCAUUAUUGGAAAAACUCCGUGGGACAAAGCGUACGUUUUGCUUUUCUCCAGAUACAUAAAGAAAUCAAUUAUUUGCAGUCUGAAUGGAGAUGUCAUCGAUCCGGUCUACACACUUUCUCUUCAACCAAACAUCCCUGGCUCUGGAUUUUUCCAAUCUUACCGAAAUAUGACUUUCUCUGCUGGUUUACAAAUCGAUUUCACAUUGACAAAACCUACCAGUGCUAUCAAAAUAAAUGCUCAUCGUUUGGCUAUUGAUUCUGAUGGAAUUGCUCUAUGGUCAAUCGAUGAUGACGGAAAUCAGAAGGCGAUUUUGAUAGAUUCUCGAAAUGUUGCCAAGGAUUACGAUAGAGGAGUGCUGACGAUACCACCAUCUGGUCAACUGACUUUGUUCCCUCAAAAAUACAGAUUAGCAUUCCAAUACAAUGGAUUCAUUUUCCAAAAUCCUAAUGAAGGAGAUGCAUCAAACACGUAUUUUGGGGGUUUGAAUAAUAGAAAAGGAUGGAUAUUUACGACUGAUUUCGAAGGAGGACCAGGAGCCCGAUCACUUCUUCCAUGUUGGGAUGAACCGAGCUAUAAGGGAAGAUUCUUGGUUGAUGUGAUGCAUUCAACCGACAUGAUCGCACUAUCAAAUGCUCUGGAAACGGGAACACAAAUUAUGGUUAAUGGAUGGAGUAAAACCACUUUUGAGUCAACAGAAAGAAUGUCUUCUUACCUUUUUGCGAUCUGUGUUGGUCACUUUUCCAACUUGGCAAAGGUCUCUCAGUUUGGAACAUUGGCUAGAGUCUGGACUUGGUCUGGAAUGGAACAAUAUGGAGAAAUGGCAUUGAAUGUAACUGUUGGAACACUGGAAUUUAUGUCUAAAUACUUCUCUUUCGAUUAUCCAUUGAAAAAACUAGAUGUGAUGGCUCUUCCCGAGUAUACCCAAGAUGCUGGAGCAAUGGAAAAUUGGGGUCUCAUCAUCGGAGAAUACAGUCUUUUCAUGUAUGAUCCUAGUUAUGCAACUACUCUUCAAAUCGCCGAAGUUGCUGAAACAACUGCUCAUGAAGUAGUGCAUCAGUGGUUUGGAGAUAUUGUGACACUUGAUUGGUGGAAUGAUAUCUUCCUGAACGAAGGGUUCGCUCAAUACUGGUUUGCCAAUGGAAUCGAUAACACUUACCCAGAACAACACGAUUAUGCUAUUGACUACAACCGUUUCUACAUGAAUCACAUUGCCCUGAAGUACGAUUGCAUUGCUGGAUAUGCUAAACCAGUAAUCAGUGAUACUCCACCAGUGUUUGGAAUUGAGCCAUAUUACAAAGGAAGUGCUCUUUUGAAUCUCCUCAACAACGCUUUAACUCCCGCUGUAUUCCAACAAGGCUUGCAAUCUUAUUUGACCCAGUUUGGCUACUCAAAUGCUAGUCCUCAAGAUUUGUGGACUUUCUUAACUGUGGCUGCUCAAAGCAACAACUUAACCGACUGGAAUGGUCAACCUUUGAAUGUAUCCUCUUUCAUGAACGCCUACACUCUCCAAACAUCCUAUCCAAUCAUCACGUUGGCUCUUCGCGGAACAUCUACAGUUCAAGCCACUCAACAAUCAUGUAUGAGUGGAACUGCACUUUGGAAUAUUCCGCUGUUCACACAGACUCAACAAUCGACAGGUUCUUAUUCAACCUGCAGUUCUCUAAAAACACCCAAACAUUCAGAUUUCAACUGGUUCGUUGACUAUGCCGGAGGAAAUGAUAACGUUUGGUUGCGACCAUUGCCAUCACCAUUCCGAAUCGAUAAUGCGGGUAGUACGGUAGGAAUUUUGAAACUUUUGCAUAAACGUUUUCGAAUACUUAUAUUACAGAGUUUCGCUCGAAUCAACUACGACGAUAAAUCAUGGUACAGUAUCCAAGCUCAACUUCUUUCCAACUACAAUUCUGUAUCUGCGACAACAAGAGCUAUGCUUUUGGAUGAUGCUAAUUUCUUCUACGAAACUGGCCGAUGGGACAUGAGAAAAUAUUUGGAUCUCACAUUGUAUCUGGUGAACGAGGAUUCACUUGCACCCUGGGAACAAGCGAUCACAUUUUUCAACGAAAUUUUGAAUCGAUUCCAGUAUCAGCCAGAAUUGAAUUUGAUGCAAAACUACGUCAUUAAAAUUACCAAAAACGCUGUUAGCAAAUUUGGAUGGACCACUAAUGGAAUUUGGACAAAUGAUCGAAUCGUUCAACUUUUGGUAAAUGUCAAUAAUCUUUCUGGUGACCGACAAACCAGACAAGUUGCUCAAACUUUGUUCAACGAUUUCGUCAAAAAGUGUCAAUAUUCCAGGGAUGGAACUGGAAAAUGUUCAGGAAUUCAUCCAAAUCUUCGAUCAGCAGUUUACUGCUAUGGUCUCCGUCAAAGUUUGGGCUUCGAGGAUUAUAACGCAGUCAACGGAUUGUAUACUUGGUUCACACAAAAUGCUGGAUACCUUCAGACGGACGGUGCCAAUCUUUUGAAUGCUCUCGGAUGCUCAAGUAAUAACGUUUUGCUGAAAUCAAUGCUCCGAAGCAUAUUAGUAGGAGAUUAUCCACCUUCUCUCUUGAAUUCAAUUUCUCUACAUGAUGAUUCCGGAUACAUUAUGUAUAAUUUCUGGAUGGACAAUGUUUCUGAUAUUCUCAAUGCUCCAUUUGAUCUCUCCAUCUACGUUCAAGCAAUGUUUCAAAACUGGAGCACCCAGAAUCAAUUGGACCUUGCCACCGACUUCACAAAUGGAUUCGACUGGGAACUUCUAACUGCGGACCAGAAGAAGACAUACAAAGCGGGAAUCUCAUUGGUUCAAAGGAAUUUCAACUGGAUGAUGGUCUACAAAUCUGAGCUGGUUGCUUGGAUUCAGUCCAAUAUUUGA